AUGGCCAUGUCAAGCCCUGUGUCCUCUAACCAUCAGCUUGAGAGAUUGGCUGAUAUAAACCCUGUCUUUUGUGUAUUUGUCCUUCUAGCCUCUCAGGAGUCUGUGACUGUGACUGUGGAGUUUCAGGAGGGAGCUUCAUCUGUUGUUCUGUCCUGCCAGUACAGCAAAAAACUGGAAGAAAUCGCCACAGUGAAAUGGAGCCGCUUGGAUCUCAGUCCCAGUACUGUCCAUCAACGGCGAGAAGGAGACGACUUAAGAGAACAAAAUGAGUUUUUCAAAGGUCGAACAUCAAUGAAACCUGAUGCUCUAGACUCUGGUGACUUCAGCCUCACUCUGACUGAACCUCGACUUUGUGACAUUGGUACCUACAUCUGCAGCCUCCAAUAUGAAACAGAAGAAAUAACAGUGUCAGAUGUUCAGCUGAAGGUCACAGAAAAAUUUCCAACUUGGGCCAUAGUUGUCCUGACUUUCCUGGUUAUCUUCAUCAUCCUGCUUCUCUUUUUCAUUAUUUUAUGCAUUAUAAUGAUCAGGACAUGAGACGUGACCAGAUAUAAUAUAACUUAAUAAAAAUAUAUAAACCUGC